UUUUUGAGCUUAUAUUUGAACCUAGAUCUUCCGGGUUCCAGGCCCCAUUCGUUCCGCAUCUAACCUUAACUCUCCAGAGAUGUUUCUGCCUGGUAAAAAGUGGAUGAAAUCCUUCUAUCUCAUCCAGCGACUGCAAAUGGAGUGCUUUUCUACCACUAUUUCAAAGUGUUAGAACCACUUCCCUCUUUUCACCUCUAGCCCCUUAUAACUCCACGCUACGAAAACAGACCAUUCUUGGACUCUACAGACCCAGAAACAGAACCGGAAGGGCGGGCUUUAGCUACAAUCAAAGGAACAUUUCGUGAUAAACCAACCACGGGGUGGGAACGAGAGAGGAACUUUCAAUGACCACGACCUGUGACUGUCGAAAAAUCGAUCACUACCUGCAGGGUUUAGUUUUUGGGGCGUCCACGCGCUCUCAGUAAAGAGAUCAGACCGUUAUCCCGGAGACCAGAGAAGGAACGGACUUAGCGGGGCGAAGCCGCGAGACCUUUCGCCCAGGAACCCGCCAGAAGAGGGAAGCGAUGCAUUGUGGACUUGGUAGUCCCGACGCUACUAGGGUACAAGCUCUCCUUCCCCCCUCCCUUCCGAGGCGACAUGAGAAUGCGCGCGCAGCCUCGACGCCAUGAUUGGUUCUUUGGCCUCGAACCAGUUCUUUAUCUGAGGUCAGGCCAGGCCCCGCACCCAAUUCCAGUCCUCCAGAGAUUCUAUAAAGUAUACAGCUCUGGGCACCAGAAGAAGGGUUCUCUACUGCAUUUCACCGCCAAAGUAAAGUGUCCUUUCUUCUGAAUUCUCAUGACCUAGAAACCUGGAAUCCAUCCCAAGUGGAGAAACUUUUGCCCAAAGUAUCCAAGCAAAUCUAGAAAAAAGAAAGUGUAUGUCUUUGGGGGCUGUUGCCAGAACAAUUCCUAAAGGGACACUGACUGCAACAUUAAGAAUCCAUUGAGUAGUGGGUGAUUUGAAGGAUUGAUCUUGAGGAGAAAGCAAGAGAGUACUGAGCAGGGGAAGAUGAACUCUGCACUUCUGACAGCAAAAUCCCAGUCUAGGAUCUCCCUUAACUCAGAUUCUUCCUGUGACCCAACAUGAAUGGAGGCUGGUCGCUCCUGCUAUUGUGGCAAUUCUAGAGGAUGUGCAGGUUUAAGGAAUCAUUGUCCUUCAAGGAUGUGGCUGUGGAUUUCACCCAGGAAGAAUGGGGGCAACUGGACCCUGAUCAGAGAUACCUGUAUAAGGAUGUAAUGCUGGAAAACUAUAGAAACCUGGUCUCAGUUGGACAUCAAGUUUAUAAGCCAAAUUUGAUAUCCCAAUUGGAGCAAGGAGAAGAGCCUUGGAUUAUAGAUAGAGAAAUUCCAAGAGGUGUCUUCCCAGACUGGGAAAUCAGACAAGAAACCAAGAAGUCAACUAUAAAGAAAGACAUUUUUGAAGAGAGAUCAUUCCAGAAGGUAACAGUGGAAAGAUUCCCAAGGGAUAGCAUAUGGUACUCUAAGCCAGGUGAAACAAGGAGAUUUGAAGACCAUCUUGGGGUUGGGGCCCCACAAGAAAUACAAGAGAGAUAUUUAAAACAAACAAUAGUUUCCCAGACUAAAAUCUUACCUGAGAAGAAAGCUCCUGAAUGUAAUCAGUUUAAUCUAGACCCAGUCCUUAUUAUGGAGCAGAGUAUUCCCACAAGAGAGAAAUACCAUGAAUAUGAUCUAUAUGGAAAAACUUUUGAAUAUGAUUCAGACCUAAUCAGUCAUCAGAAAAUCUGUGUACCGAGGUCUUAUGAAUGUACAGAAUGCAGGAAAAUUUUUAGUAAAAGUGCACUCCUUACGCAACAUUGGAGGGUCCAUACUGGGGAGAAACCCUAUAAAUGUAAUGACUGUGAAAAAGCUUUCAGUAAGGCUACUCUCCUUAUACAACAUCAGAGAAUCCAUACUGGAGAGAAACCUUAUAAAUGUAAUGAAUGUGGAAAAGCUUUCAGCCAAAGUAUAUGUCUUACUCGACAUAAAAGAAUUCACACUGGGGAAAAACCAUAUGAGUGCAAUGAAUGUGGGAGAGCCUUUAGAUUGCGUGGACACCUUACCCAACAUCAGAGAAUCCAUACUGGAGAGAAACCCUAUAAAUGUAGUGAAUGUGAGAAAACUUUUAGUCAGAGUACAGACCGUACUCAACAUGAAAGAAUUCAUACUGGAGAGAAACCCUAUAAAUGUAUUGAAUGUGGGAAAGCAUUUAGAUGUAGUACACAUCUAACUCAGCAUCAGAGAAUUCAUACUGGAGAGAAACCCUACGAAUGUAGUGAAUGCAGAAAAGCAUUUUGUGAUAGGUCAUCUCUUAAUAAACACCAGAGGAUUCAUACUGGAGAAAAGCCCUAUGAAUGUAGCGAAUGUGGGAAAGCCUUCAUUAGAAGUUCAGACCUUACCCAACAUUACAGAACUCAUACUGGUGAGAAACCUUAUGAAUGUAAUGAGUGUGGAAAAGUCUUUAGCCUGCAUGUACAUCUUACUCGACAUCAGAGAAUCCAUACAGGAGAGAAACCUUACAAGUGCAUUCAAUGUGGGAAUGCUUUCAGGCACAGUUCAGCUCUGGUCAGACAUCUGAGACUUCAUAGUGGAGAAUAAUCCUUGGAAUUUAGUAAAUGAAGUAGUUUCUUUUGGACUUAAUUCAUAUUCAAAUACCCUACGAUCAUAAUAGCACCAGCUAUGAUUUUAUUUGAUGUACUUAAAUGAGAAAUAUGCUACUUCUUCACCAUCUCUUUCCCCACUAGAUAUCUUUCUCCCAUAAUAUAUUUCCUACUUUUUACAGGGCAUUCUCAUCCAAUAAUGGUUCCUCUCAAAACCAGUUUUUUUAAGGAUUUCAUUUAACAGGAAUUUGACUAAGGUUAUGAAGCAUUUUACAUUGCUGGGUAGUUUUUUUGUUUGUUCUUUUGUUUUUAACUAAUUUUUUGGUUUGGGACUCCAGAACAUUUUUAUAUUGUUUUUUUGGUGAUGAAACACCAAAAGUAAUAUGUGAGUCCCAUAGGGUUAAGGAAGUUAGUUGAUCAUUAGAUGUAUUGCCUUUAUGUGAAUUGGCUUGUUUUCCUUAGCACUAGAAUUGUAUUGGUGUAAGGAGUGGAUUUAUUUCCAAGUUUCAUUUAAAGAUAUAGAAAGAAAUUUAUUUUCAAAAUAAACUCAUCUUUAGACAAGUACACUUCAUGAAGCAAUCUGUUGAAGCAUGGAAAGUUGGUUAUGUAUUUUGAUAAAAGGAGUUUAUCAAACUCCUUUGAAUGUACAGCCAGGUACACACAGUACCUGUGUGUACCCACAGUUAACUAAAAACAUACAAUUUUAAAACCACAGUUUUAUGGUUUUACCACAGUUAUGAAAUCACAGAGCUGAAAAGGACUUCAAAGGUCACCUCUUCUUCUUCUUGUUUUAUAUAGGAGGCAUCAAGCCCAGAAGGACAAGUGAUUUCCCAAGGUCACAUAGAUAAGACCUCAGGUCUUUUGAUCCCAGGCCUUCUAAAUAGUGUUAGUGCUUUUAAGAAAAUAGCCUUUAUGGAUAGAUCACCAGCCCUGAAGUCAGGAGGACCUGAGUUCAAAUCUGAUCUCAGACACUUAAUACU